UGUUUGCUCACCCGGGUGACCUUCACCGACCGACUCGGACGUGAAAAGAAACGUGUCGUUAGACGUAAGGAUUUCAGGCUUCGAACUCAUCUGUACAGCAGUUAGACUCUAAUCACCCACGUGGACGAAGUAACGCGCGUCUACACUGCAUGGGCGUUUACCACGUGCCUACCGUGCGCUACGAGAUCAGAGUGGUCUGAUUGCUUUCAAUCGACUGUGAUCGCCUGCGUUUUAUUGUGUCCUUUCGUGCUUGUAUGUGAUGGGCAAAGACGAGUAGGGUGAAUAAGAACGGUCACAAUGAGUUUCUUGUUUGGUGCCAAAUCGUCGAAAACGUUCAAGCCGAAGAAGAACAUUCCCGAGGGCACUCAUCAGCACGACCUUAUGAAAUACGCCGCUGCCACUUUAGGCAGCGGCAACUUGAGACUUGCCGUUCAACUGCCGGAGGGCGAGGAUCUCAACGAAUGGAUAGCCGUCAAUACUGUAGAUUUCUUCAACCAGAUUAACAUGCUGUUUGGUACGCUAACGGACUACUGCACACAGGAAAGCUGUCCUAUCAUGUCGGCAGGGCCAAAGUAUGAGUAUCACUGGGCUGACGGCAAGUCUAUUAAAAAACCCAUCAAAUGUUCAGCUCCAAAGUACGUCGACUUUCUGAUGAGUUGGGUUCAAAGCCAACUUGAUGAUGAGACCAUGUUUCCGUCAAAAAUAGGAAUACCAUUUCCAAGAGAUUUUCAGGCCGGAGCUAAAGUGAUCUUGAAGCGUCUGUUUAGGGUUUAUGCACAUAUCUACCAUCAACACUUUGAGCAGGUGGUCACUCUGGGCGAAGAGGCUCAUCUCAAUACGUCGUUCAAGCAUUUUAUAUUCUUCGUCCAAGAGUUUAACCUGAUUGACAAGAGAGAACUGGCACCUCUAGCAGAUCUUAUUGAGCGACUGACAAGUAGAGAUAAAGAUACGAGUCGCUAGGUGCGUGGACAGCAAUUAUGUGUGGAUCAAAGACGGGCUAAGUGAAAAGGGUUGAUUGAAUUUUUAGGUUUGGUAUUUGGGGACUGUCGUACUACCAGCAUUCUAGCUAACACGCUGUGUGUGUACCAUAGGUGGUCUAUGUUGUAUGCUUAUUAGUUGUACAGCGGUUUGUUGCUCUCUACGCUAUUCAUUGAAGGUAUGAUUGUAUAAAAAAAUGGCUGAGUUUCAUCACUCUCA